AUGCGUUUCACCAUUGCUACCGUUGCCUUCUUCGCCGGCCUGGCUGCCGCUAUGCCCAACGGCGCUGACGUUACCGUCUACGAGACUGAUGAGGUUACCAUCACCUCCUGCGGUCCUACCGUCACCAACUGCCCUGCCAACUCUGGUGUCCCCACCUCCGCCCCUGCUGUUGUGACCUCCGCCUCCGUCCCCGAGGGUGCUGGCGCUGCCUCCUCCCCCGCUCCUACCAGCGGUGCCCCGGCUCCUUCUGGCCCUGCUGCCUCUGGCCCUGCCCCCUCGGCCGCUCCCAGCUGGACCACCUCCGUCCCCGCUGUUGCCCCCGUUCCCUCCGUUCCCGCUGGUAACGGUGGCUCCGGUGCCUCCAUGUCCUACAGCGUCGUUGCCCACACCACCUGUGUGCCCACUGUCAUCUACUCCACCGUCCCCAUCCCCAUGGGUACCUCCCCUGUGACUGCUGGCUCCGGUGGCUCCGCUCCCCCACGCCCCCUCCGCCACGGUGCUGCUGCUGCCUCCUCCGGCGCUGCCGCCUCUCCCUCCGCCACCCCCGCCUACAGCGGUGCUGGUGCCGUCUCUGGCUCCAUUGGCUUCGCUGGUCUCGCUGCCAUGGCCGCCUUCGUUCUGGCUUAAAUAACCCCAUCCAUCGAUGGCUUGCUAUAUAUCUAGCUCCACCUUGUGGGAUUAGCGUGUAGUUUAAUCCUGAAUGGUAUGGUACGGGAAUGGAGAAGAUUUCUUUGUGAUUUAACUGGGUUUUGGUGAUUUACCUGACCGAUGUCUCUUGUUACUUGCUUCUGAUUGGAUAUGCUUUAUCCCCUUUUGCUUUUCUCGAUAUACAUAUUUCCUCUUCUUGGGCUUCCUGGAUAGCUUCGAAAGUUUGUGUGAAGCGCUUGGUGGCUUGAGCACGACCUUAAUGUAAACCAUGACUGCUUUCACCAUUUUCUCGCUUUCCAGCGUUUCCCGUAACCCUUUUUUGAAUGUACCCAUACCACUUUGCUAUCUUAUUUUUAUUGUAAUCUGGAGGCAUGAAUGCAAUCCAUAUCGC